AUGUCUGUCGCCGUUGCGAUGUCUAACUUCGAUAACCCCCUUGACCACGACACGCUGCUCGCUAGCUCGACACGACCACAUUCCAUCGACUUGACCCUCGAGCUCGAACGUCAGCUUGAAUGUGAAUCAAUGCCCAACUCUCCUGCUCCCAAUGCGAGGCCACAAUCUCUGGACACCCACGUACUGGCAUCGAUUGUCACUCAGCUGCGCAUGUCAUUGGAGGAUAUGACCAAGGAGCGCGAUGCUCUAUCUGUGCAGCUCUCCGAGACCAAGUAUCGCGAAGAGAACUUGAAAGAGGCGCUGCACACUAUCACGGAGAAAUGUUUGCGCGCGGAGGGCCACUUAGUUAAUGCGCUGGAUCAACACAAAGAAGACGAGGAGGCCAUCUCUAUGCUUCGACAGAAGGUGGAAGAAAGCAGACGGGCUCUUAUGCGCUUGCAGACGGAGAGUAGGCGGGUGAGCCAAGUAUCCAAUCUAACGUUGGAUUUGUCUCGGGCGGGAGCAACAAUGGGCAAUGGACCUGCAUCGUCGAAGCGUGCUUCGUUUACUCCAUUGACCGGAAGCCCAGCGGGGCGCUCUAGCCAUCGUCGAAUUGCGUCCCUCUCGGAUCCGGGUUUGAUGAGUGCGCCCACCUUGGGGGAGAGCAGUCAAUGGCCGUUAUCCCCAGACUUUGAAGGUGAUCUUAGUGCCCCUCUAAAUAGACAUUCUAGGCGUAUGUCUGGCUUGUUCGGACUGGGAUCGCCUCCGCUACCGGAACGGCCAUCGUUCGAUGCUAUGGAAAUGGAAGUGCUCCGUAAGGACCUGGCGGCGAUUAAGGAGCAGCUAGAGGAGACCAGGCACGAGCUUAGCGAGGCGCAUGAAGCAAAGGAAGCAUCCGAGAUGUGCGUCAGGGCACUUCGAACAUUCAUCGCGGAGAAUGGUGUUGGGGAGCAGACUUCUCGGAUUGACCUUCGUGCAGCGAUGAAGUCCCCGCCUGUCUCUGCUUCAAGUCCGGCCGGUGGAAGUGCGUCCAGAUGGGGGUUCAAACUGUGGAGUACUCCAGAUACGCCCGCGAACACACCGCUUCCUAUCACUUCGCCCCUCUCUGCUGGAGCUGCAGCGCCUUCUCCCGUUUCCAGAAAGCUGGGUGGCCUGUUUAGCCCAAGAUCCAGUAUUUCUUCAAUCUCGGCUCCUCGACCCAACCCCGUGUCCCUCCCUCGAGAAUCAUCAUAUCUUGGUUCGGACACGUCCUCCAUUGCUGAUUCAGCCACUGAGCCAGUUAGCCCAGCAUCUUCGAUACCUCGCGCUACCGUCCUUGUACAUGACUCUGAAGGCUCUAGAUUUGAGGCAAUGGUCCCAGCGGAAAAUACGACGUCACUCAAGUUCCCAGCAUAG